CUUUCCGUUCCCGAGUUGGAGAGUGCUGCGGAGGGCGGAGGGAACCCCCACGGAAGCAUCACUCCAGACCCCAAACCUCCAGGUCAGUUACCCACUUCGGGAGUGGGUGCAGAGGCUCAAUGACGCGGGUCUGAUGCUCCAUUUCGGAUCCUGGGUCCCGAGAUGAGCGAUCCAUUUGGCACACGGCUUUGGAGAUUGUGGGAAAUAGAUCCCAGGUCGCCCCCAGCCAUUCCUGGGGAGCCGAGGCUCCCGCUGCAGUUUUUCUGUCGAGUCCUUAAUUGAACCAAGCUGCUGCUGGGCCAGGGCCUGAGGCCUAGCCAGCAUCCAAUGGAGGACAAGAAGAAGAAAAGGAGUCCCAAGCCCUGCCUGACCCAGCCAGCCCAGCCCCCAGGCACACUACGCAGGGUCCCAGUGCCCACCAGCCACAGCGGCUCCCUGGCCCUGGGACUCCCUCAUCUGCCAUCCCCCAAGCAGCGGGCCAAGUUCAAGAGGGUCAGCAAGGAGAAAUGCCGCCCAGUGCUGGCAGGAGGUGGGGGUGGCUCUGCAGGCACCCCCCUGCAGCACUCGUUCCUGACCGAGGUGACCGAUGUCUAUGAGAUGGAAGGUGGGCUGCUGAACCUGCUCAAUGAUUUCCACUCAGGCCGGCUGCAGGCCUUCGGGAAGGAAUGCUCCUUUGAGCAGUUGGAACACGUGCGGGAGAUGCAGGAGAAGCUGGCCCGGCUGCACUUCAGCCUGGACGUGUGUGGAGAGGAGGAGGAGGAGGAGGAGGAGGAGGACGGGGUCACUGAGGGGCUACCUGAGGAGCAGAAGAAGACGAUGGCUGACCGCAACCUGGACCAGCUGCUUAGCAAUCUGGAAGAUCUCAGUAAUUCUAUACAGAAGCUGCACCUGGCUGAGAACGCCGAGCCUGAGGAGCCGUCAGCUGUGUAGGUGUCGGACCCAGGCUCAGACCGCCCCUUCUCAUUCCCUUCAAACUGUGACUUUUUACGGACUCGAUUGGGUGUUCCGCGGCCCCCCCAGGUGCUAUGGGGGAGGGGGGCAUUGGAUGGAAUUAAACCAUAAAGAAAGAAA